CACCGAUUAAGGCUAUCUGGGGUAUACAUUGCGUUAUGUGUGUUUGACUAAAAGCUAGGGAGUACUCCUGCAAUGGACCGUUUCGACCGCUUUAAGAAGGGUGGCUUCAACCGCCAGGCUGCGGUCAAAGCGCUCAAGGAGAGCGUUCAGACAGGUCACAAGACUGGGCUUCCUCCGCAGCUGCUAUCUCUAUUUAACCCCAGAGCUCAGCUGCCACUAGUCACAGAUGUGAAGAAGCCCAAGAUAAAGCUUCCAUAUACAGGCCUUGCAGCGUACGUAAAAGAGUUUGCAGGCGAGGGCGACCCCGACUAUCAGCCGCCGCGCAACGAGGAUCGGCCCCCAUCUCCUCGCUUAUUCCGCAACCGGGAGCUUGCUGCACAAGCACGCGUGGACACGGAAACAAAGAUUGAAAAGAAAAUUCGGUUGACAAAAUGGAAGCUUGAAGAGGCGGAGCGUGAGGCACGCGAGAAGUCGAAGACGUUUGACCCCAACAAAGACCCGAAGAUUGAGGGCGACCCAUAUAAGACUAUCAUCGUGGCGCGCUUAAGCUAUGACGUCACAGACAAGAAGCUUCGGCGGGAGUUUGAGGAAUUCGGGCCAAUAAAACGGGUCCGCAUCGUCACGGACAAGCAAGGUAAGCCACGCGGCUAUGCGUUUAUCGAGUUCGAGCAUAAGGCAGAUAUGAAGGAGGCUUACAAGGCCGCGGAUGGCAAAAAGAUUGAGGGGCGGCGAGUGUUGGUGGACGUGGAACGCGGACGCACAGUGGAGAACUGGAAGCCACGUCGCUUGGGAGGCGGCCUGGGAGCACCCGGACGAGAGCCAAAGCCGCCCAAAAAGCAGCGGCCAGGCUCGUUGCCCGUUGCCCCGCCGGUAAUGAAUGCAACACCAAUUGAUGACAGGUCGCGGGGACGGGAGUACGAGACGCGUGAGCCACGGCGGUCCGAGCCGCGGCGAGAAUACGACCGGGAACGGGACAUGCGUCCCACCCCUGGAAGCAGCUUCCGCGAACCUCCGCGCGAUUACCAGGAGCGCAGUGACCCACGGGACGUUCGAGGAGAUCGCGAUCGCAAACGGGACCGGGAGCCUUCGCCUCGGCGGGACGACCGGGCCGACUACUUUCGGGCCGGCGGCGGAGACCCACGAGACGAUAAGCGUGUUCGGCGUGACCUGGAGGACGGAGAGCUUAGAGACGACCGCGAGCGCCGCGAGCGGGAGCGCGACCGCGACCGGCGGCGAGAGCGGGAUAUGGUCUGA